AUGAUCAACUUUGCGCCUUACAAUUUGACCUGUUGUAUUGCUCCUUUCAUCGUUGGCAGCGUCUUCAACUUCUACAUCAAGCGCCACUAUCUCGCUUGGUGGGAGAAAUACACAUACGUGCUCACGUCAUUCUUUGGUGCAGCGCUGGCGAUUUCGGCCGUUAUCAUCUUCUUUGCCGUGGAGUAUCACCAAGUGAAUUUCAACUGGUGGGGUAACACCGUCUCCUACGCUGGGUGA